AUGACUUGUGAAGCCUGUCGCACCAUUCCUCCCGUCAUCUCCGAGGGAUACAUUCCCAAGGGAAAAUACGAGAUAAUCGGGGGGUUGAACUCAUACAUCACUGGAAGUGAACAUGCUAAGGCCGGUGUCGUUGAUAUUUAUGAUAUCUUCGGCUGGUCAAAUCAGACUCUUCAAGGUGCCGACCUCCUCGCUGCUCGAUUGAACGCUGUGGUGGUUGUGCCCGACUUUUUCAAAGGAGAUACUUUGGCCCCUGAGGUCAUUCCUCCCGACACUGAAGAGAAGAAAAAGAGCAUGAGUGACUUUUUUGCCAAUCAAGCGAAUGUCCCGCGCAAUAUCGGUGUUUUGCUUGAGACUGUUCAGCACUUGAAGACUCGAUUCCCGUCCGUUGCUAAGUGGGGCGGCGUUGGUCUGUGUUGGGGUGGAAAGGUCCUCAUUCUGGCGUCUGGUGCCAACACCCCUUUUGUUGCUACAGGUCAGGUUCAUCCUGGUGCUAUGGAUGCUACCGACGCUGAGAAGUUGGCUGUGCCUCAUAUCGUGUUGGCAUCUAAAGAUGAGCCGGCUGAUGCAGUUGCCGCAUAUGCAGAUAUCAUCGCCAAGGGAAAGGGAGGCAUCGUCGAGACUUAUCCUGACAUGUGGCACGGAUGGAUGGGCGCCCGAUCUAAUCUGGAGCAAGAGAGCAGCCGUGUUGAGUACACUCGUGGAUACGAGCAGCUGGGUAACUUUUUCGAAAAGUACCUUAGCUAA